AUGAUGAGAGACAAUGGAUGGGAUUCGUUAGUAGAAGAAGUUUCUAAUUUUUGUAUGAAGUUCAAUAUUUAUGUUCUUGAUAUGAAUCAUAUGUAUUGUCCUCAAGGGAAAUCACGGCGCAAGGCUCCAAAGCUUACAAAUUUUCACUAUUUCCGUGUUGAUUUUUUCAAUACAGUGAUAGAUUUACAGCUACAAGAGAUAAAUAGUCGUUUUAAUGAGGCUAAUACUGAGUUGCUACUUUGUUUAGUGUGCUUAUCUCCAGCUAAUUCAUUUUCUGCUUUUGACAAGGGAAAGUUAAUCCAUCUUGCUCAACUUUAUCCAUUUGCAACAACUUCGGUAGAAAGAGCAUUCUCUGCAAUGAACAUUGUGAAGAAUCAAAUGCGCAACAAAAUGGGAGAUCAAUGGUUGAAUGAUAGCCUCACUGUGUAUCUUGAGAAGGAUGUAUUCAAUUCUAUUGAUAAUGAGCCUAUUAUUCAUGGUUUUUAA